CUUUGCGACGAUGGGUUCUCAGUUCAUCGUAUUUCUCCAACUGCGUGAUGCCAUUGCGAUAUCAUGUUUCUCAGUAGUCCUUCCAGUAUCUUUUUCCGUCCACACAUAUAAUCUUGGGUUUCGCGGUGGGCUAUCCCCUUGUAGCUUCAUUGUUUCUGUCCUCUUUAGACCAAUUGGCAUUUUCUUCCUUUCGCCUACUUUUCUUGUCUCAACAUAUAUAUCUCCGUGAACGUUUAUCCAAUCCGGCCGGUCACUCAGAUAGACCGUAAUGUGAGCAUCCUCUCCUCUCUGAAUCCCUCCUGUUCUAUGAGCUGUAAUUUGAUCGCGCUUGGUUUUCCAGUCGUGUACGAAAGCCCUAUUGGCCUCUUGUUAAAUUUGCAUGAGAAUGAGAACCAGGUAGGAAUAUACCUAAUCCAAAUAUGUGUGAAACCUAAAUCCUGGCAUAUUUUCCGCGCGAACUCGUUAA